AUGGCUAAAGGAACUCCUAUUAAGAAGGGCAAGGGCUCCAAGAGCAACACCCCAGUUUCCACACCAGAGGUCAAAAAUAAGAAGGUUACUAGCAAGAAUGGAACCCCAUUUUCCACUCCCAGCUCUACACCAUCGAAAAAGGCUAAAAAGCCGGUCAAGCAAAGUGAUAAGCAACGCACGAAACUAUCACUAAAGCCUUCUCCAUCUGAGCCCGAGACAGUGAUCCCCAAAGACAGGAUCUUGCGUGCUGUGGAAGAAUUGCAAAAGUUCACCGCUAGCGAAAAGGAGAAAAACGACCAAUCCAAUCAGUUGCUGGAUGACGAGGAGCUCGACAAGCAGGUGGAAUUGAUUGCCGUCAAUACCACCUCGUUUUCUGAGAAUAGGAAAACGUUCAAGCCCAAGCAAUUCAAGAUCGAACACUCUCUGUUCAGACCUUGGAAAACCGCAAGCGAGACCUCUGUCAAGGACUUUAAACUUUUGCUCAUCUUGAGAGACCAGGAUGUCUCCAAAGUUACGGAGGAUGCUCUUUAUGAUCAAUUGAAAGACACUGGUGUUACCGUGGACACAGUGAUUUCAGGAAAUGAUCUCAAAACGAAAUAUAAAGUGUUUGAAAAAAGACGGGCUUUUGUCAAUGAAUACUCCCUCGUUUUGGCGGAUGACUCUCUUGUCACAGCUCUACCAAAGCUUCUAGGUGGCAAAGCGUACGAAAAAGUCGCGACCACUCCAGUUCCAAUCAAGACCAACAAAAAUGGUACCUUUUCAUUCACUACGCUCGUCAACAGCGUCAAAAAAAUCUACCUGCAUGUUUUACCCGCUAAGGUACCUCGUGGUACGACGAUGAGCGCUCAUUUAGGUAGCCUAGACUGGUUUUCGGCCCAAGAAUUGGCCACCAAUAUCCUUGCUGUUUCAGAGCAAUUGGUAAACGGUUCUCAAAUCAGAUCUAUUUUCUUGAAGACGAACAAAUCUCCAGUGCUCCCCCUAUAUUACAACCAAGCCGUUCUUGAUGAACUUGCUAAACUCAAAGAAGUCAAGCCAAAGGAUGCUUCUCUGCACAAAGUCACCAUCAAUGGCACAGAAUUGGAGCUGUCCCAUUUUGAUGCUGCGUUACUGGAAAUUGCAAAUCCUGAUGAGUUAGACAAAGUUUUUUCUUCACGGAUAAGUAAAGCGAACAAGAGAGCCGCGGAGGAAACUGAACAAAACCUCCCUUCCAAGAAAACCAAGGCAUAG